AAUUAAAAUUUUCUUAUUUCGUUUUAUUUUUCAUAUUGUAACAAACUAGUUUUUCCCAAAAAUUUCUGUAAGUGAUUGUGUAGUACCAAAAUUUUCAAGCCGAAAACAACAACAACAAUAUCAAGAGUUCAGAAUCGUAAAGAGAUUACAACAGCUGAAUAUGGCUGAAGCACAGCUUCCAAGCGGUGACUCAGAAGCGGAACAAAACCAUUGCAGAAGCAUCCAUCGCGCCUGCAUGUACCCGUAAACGAAUCUGAUAAUGUAACUUCUUGUACAAUUUCAUGUUAAAUUAUUUUUGUUUUUUUUUUUUUUGGUUUUUGGAUUCGUUUCAGUAUCUGAAGCUCCGCUUGCAACUCAAAUUGAAUGUGUGCUUCGCCAUUUAACGUCUGCAGCACUUCAAUCAGUUCGCGUUCGGCGUUCGUUGCUGCGGUUUGCGUUCCGAUACAAAAUUCAAGUCUUCAAUUAUUCAAUUAUUCAAUUGAAUAGGCGCAAUGAAAUAGAGUAUCUUUGCAUUUUUUAAAAAAAGUCUAUAAUAAUUCGAAAAUCGAAUAGAAAAGUAGCUCAGUCAAUUCGAACUGAAAGUUUAAAUAGUGAAGUUCAAUUGUGGGUUAAAUUUAGCAUUUCACGCUGAAGCAAGCAAAAACACUGAAGUACUCAAUAGUUUUGCUUUAUCAGCCCAUAAUACCAGUGAUGUAAAAAUUAGGAAUAUAAGUGAUUAUGUUGACCAUGCUCUAGCGUUGCCUACAGUUUUUCCAUAUGUGAAUAAAUGAAUAAUAGUGGUACCAGUAAAAAGUGCUAUUCGAAAAGUGAAUUCAGUAGUGUAGUAGACUAUAUCUGAAAAAUAAAAAAUAAAUAAAUAAAGAAUUUGAUAAGCGCAUAUAGUUUAUGAUAAUUCAAACUGAUAAGAAUAAAAAAAAUUCUUCUUUUGCUUUUUGUGUAUAAAAUUUUAUUACAAAAACUUUACUUAUUAUAAUGUCAACAGUCGUGGAAGUGAGCAUAUUUACGCUACUGAAAAUGGCAUUCAUUUGGCAAUUGAUUUCGUACUUUAUUUACUUGAUCGGAUUCUUAGCCAUCACUGCGUUCCUAUUUGAUAACUUCAAAUCAACAGUGAUGAUAGUGAAGUCCUUACUGGAACCAUAUUUUCAACCGCAGCUACCACAGACGCUAACCGAGAAAUUUGGAAAAUGGGCAGUUAUCACAGGUGCUACGGAUGGCAUCGGUAAAGAGUACGCUAAGGAAUUAGCCAAACAAGGCGUUAAUGUGGUACUCAUUUCACGAACAAAGGAGAAACUGGUUGCUGUGGCCAAUGAAAUUGAAAGCGAAUUCAAAGUAAAAACGAAAUGGAUUGCAGCAGACUUUUCCAAAGGACGUGAAAUCUAUACACACAUUGAGCAAGAACUAUCCGGAAUACCUAUUGGCAUCCUUGUAAACAAUGUUGGAAAAAUGUAUGACUUUCCCGAUGAACUCGAUAAUAUACCCGAGGAUACAUUAUGGGAUAUGAUUAACAUUAACGUGGCUGCAGUAACAAUGAUGUCUCGGAUGAUAAUUCCAUAUAUGAAGAAGCAGAAGAAAGGUGCUAUUGUUAAUAUUUCAUCGGGUAGUGAAUUGCAACCCAUACCAUUGAUGGCAGUAUAUGCAGCAACAAAACGUUACGUCAAGUGUUUAACGCAAGCGAUGGAACGUGAAUUGGCUGAAUACAACAUUACAGUACAAUGCGUCACACCUCUAUUUCUGGUGACUAAAAUGAAUCAAUAUUCGAAUACAGUUAUGAAAGGUGGUUUCCUAAUACCGAAUGUUAAGAGCUUCACACGUUCCGCAGUAUUCACAUUGGGAAAAACUAUUGAGACGACAGGAUACUGGACGCAUGGCUUACAGUAUUUCGUUAUGAAACUGGCUCCAGAAUGGAUGCGCAUACGUAUUGGGCAUCAAAUGACGCGCAGUCUUCGAGAUGAAUACUUGACAACACAACAUAAAGCGAGUUAAGACUGAUUCACACAUAAUCAACUUUUAAAUUAUUUAAGUUUUUAUUAAUUGCAUCUUAAAGUUUUUGUUUGUAUUAUAUUUAAUCACCUUUCUUGUUAUCAUUUUUAUUGUUAUUAUUUUUUUCCAUUAAGGGUUUUAUAAAUACAUUUUGGUAUUCAUUGUUAUUGUAAAUAAAGCAGAUUAAAAUUUAAAAAUUCAUUAAUUUAUUUUAAUUUUUAAUAAAAUAACACUUAAAAUAAAC